AUGAAGCUCAAUGGAGAAAAGGCAGCAGAAAUGUAUCAUUUCACCAUCCUGAGAUUCAGCUUGUUGCUGGUGCAAGUGGUGUGCAAAUCUCAGCCUGUUCAAUGCUCAAUAAGAUACCCACUUCCUCUUGUCCACAAGUAUUACCAAUCAGGAGACCUUCUCAAUGCUGGCAUUGCUUCGCAAGCAUUUCAGUUAUCAGAUACUGUCAAAUUUGAAAGCAAGGAUACUCCCAUAGUCAAAGCCAACAACCGGAAUCUCUCCUACAUUCUCCUCAUCUCCCUCCUGCUCUCCUUCCUUUGUGCCUUGCUUUUCAUCGGCAGACCUGAGAAGCUUUCAUGUCUCCUUCUACAAACUACUUUUGGCAUCAUCUUCUCAGUGGCUGUUUCUUGUGUGCUGGCCAAGACUGUCAUUGUGGUUCUAGCUUUCAUAGCCACCAAGCCAGGGUUCAGGAUGAGAAACUGGGUGGGGAAACGACUGGCCAACUCCAUUGUUCUUUCUUGCUCUUUGAUUCAAACAACUAUUUGUACAGUUUGGUUAAUAACUUCUCCUCCUUUCCCAGAAUUUGAUAUGCACUCAAUGACAGAAGAAAUAAUUCUGAAAUGUAAUGAAGGAUCAGUCACCAUGUUUUACUGUGUCUUGGGCUACAUGGGCUUCCUGGCCACUGUGAGCUUCAUGGUAGCUUUCUUAGGCAGAAAGUUGCCUGAUAGUUUUAAUGAAGCCAAGUUCAUCACCUUCAGCAUGCUGGUCUUUUGCAGUGUUUGGCUGACCUUUGUCCCAACCUAUUUGAGCACCAAAGGAAAAUACAUGGUAGCUGUGGAGGUCUUCUCUAUCAUAGCCUCUGGUGCUGGGUUGUAUUUUUUGCCCUAA